AUGACGAGGAUCGGUGCAAGAGAUCCUCGUGGCUCGCGGAAACCGAUAAGAAUCGUUGUGGUUGGUGAAAAAGGCACUGGAAAAUCAAGUUUGAUUAAGGCUGCAUUAACUGGUUGUUUAGAUCCUAACAUCCCUCCUCUGUUACCUUAUGUCAAUUUACCUGCUGAUUGUUUCUCUGACCGUAUUCCCGCGACCAUUAUCGACACUUCUUCAAGACCGGAAGAUAAGGGAAAGGUAAUUAAGGAAGUCAAGCAAGCAGAUGGAAUUGUUUUGACAUGUGCAUUCGAUAGACCGGAAACUCUUGACCGUUUGAAUGAAUACUGGCUUCCUCUGAUUCGACAAUUAGAGGUGAAAGUUCCUAUGAUAAUGGCAGGUUAUAAAGUUGACAUGAAUGAGGCUAAUAAUCAAAUCAGCAUUGAAGAAAUAACGACACCAAUAAUGAAACAAAAUCGAGAGAUCGAGACAUCUAUCAUGUGGUCUGCUCAGGAUCUAGAACAUAUCAUUUGGCUUGCUCGAAUGGUUUUCAAGCAUGCGUAUCACGCGGUUAAUCACCCUGGAGGACCUAUAUAUGAUCAAGAUACCAAUUCAUUAAAACCUCGUUGUGUCGCUGCCUUGAAACGUAUCUUUCUACUCUGUCAAAUGGAUGGUGUUCUCAGUGACGCCGCCUUAAAUGAAUUUCAGAUUCAUUGCUUCGAUGGACCAUUGAAGCCUGAGAAAAGAAAAGAGAUAAGAGAAGUUGUGCAACUACAGUGUCCACUAGGAGUUAAUGAAGGAGGAAUCACAUGGGAAGGUUUCUUGUUUCUAAGCACACAUAUGGUGGAACAAGGACAAAUCAAAACAUUGUGGACUAUACUUAGGAAAUUCGGGUAUAACAACGAGUUAAGACUCGCGGAUCAUAUGAUUCCUUAUUCAUCGUCCAAACCCGAGGCUGAUCAGAGUGUUGAGCUGACAAAUGAUGCUAUUCGAUUCUUAAGAAACUUCUAUGUGCUUUGUGUUGAAGACAAUGGUAAUAACUUGGGACCUUAUGAGAUUCAAUAUCUCUUUCAAACUGCACCUGAAAGUCCAUGGAAUGAAGCUCCUUAUAAGAAUGCCGCGGAGAAAAAUAAGAAUGGAGGAAUAUCUCUUGAAUCUUUCCUCUCACUGUGGUCAUUGAUGACACUAAUAGAUCCAGCUAAGACUCUGGAAUAUUUGAUUUACAUUCGAUUCUCAAAUGAUCCAUCUUCCGCGAUUCACGUGACUAGGAGGCGAGUUCUUGAUCGCAAGGAGCAAAAAUCCGAAAGAAAAGUUGUUCAGUGUUUUGUCUUUGGACCCAAGAAUGCUGGCAAAUCUGCAUUACUCAAUCGAUUUAUCGGAAGGUCAUACAAUGAUGACAACAACAAUGGAUCAACUGAGGAACGUUAUGCUGUUAAUACUGUUGACAAAUCCAGAGUAAAUGCAAAUAGAAAGAAAACUCUGGUAAUGAAAGAAAUUCAAAUCCUAGAAGAAAAUGGAAUCUCAUUAUCAAAUGAAGCAUCGGCUUCUUGCGAUGUAGCGAUCUUCGUUUUCGAUUCUUCUGAUGAGUCUUCGUGGAAGAAAGCCAUCGAUUUGCUUGCUGAGGUUGCAGCCACUAGCAAAGACUCGAGUUUCGAGUUUCCUUGUCUUAUGGUUGCAGCAAAAACAGAUCUUGAUCCAUUCCCAAUGGCAAUUCAAGAAUCCACUAGAGUUACUCAAGAGAUAGGGAUUGAAGCUCCAAUACCAAUCAGUUCCAAAUUGGGAGAAUUCGAUAAAUUAUUCCAAAUGAUCUUAGCCGCGGCCGAGCAUCCUCAUAUGUCUAUUCCAAAUAUUGAGUCAAAGAAGGAAAGGAGAUGCAAGCUAAUCAAUAGAUCUCUAAUGCCAGUUUCAAUCGGGACAGCGUCUUUGAUCAUCGGGCUGGCUUCAUUCCGUCUCUACGCUGCAAGAAAGCAGAGCUAA